AUGAAAUCUAACCCCAGUCUCUCGUGGCAAAAACUCCAAGAUGUCUACUACAGCAUUCGCACCUGCUACGAUGGUAUCCGAUGGCCCGUAGACAAUUUGUACGCCAAUUGUAGGAUUGCAAUGUCGUCUCCAUUAACGCUUAUCGCUACAGCAUCUAAGUUCGUUCCAAAUCCAAAUGUGAUUGAUGUACACUCGAUCAGCGGAACGAAGAUAUGGUCGCUUGUGUAUAAUUCUUCGCUGCAUGACCAUAUUGUGGACUUCUGCUUCCAUAAUGAAAACCUAUGUGUGGUGCUCUCAAACCAGAAGUAUAGGGUGUAUACGGACUUUGAAGGAACAUUCAAUGAAUACUCGUAUACGGAAGAAUUGGCUGUUUUGCAGAAUUCGGCUGAAUCGGAGUCAUUGACAACACCGGUCGUUAUCACUAACUUGGAGAAUAAUGAGGUGGAAGAACCUUAUCACAUCGAGAAGGCGUCUGUUUGCGGCGAAUAUUUGGUGUUACGAAAUCGCGACAAGAUGGUCUUCUGCAACCUAAACACAUUUGCCAACUAUGAGGUCCAAUUUCCGAACCUACCCUUUAGCAGACAAAGCGAAAUGUGUAUCCUUUCCAGUACAAACACUUCUCUUUCCUUCAUUUUGAGCUAUGAAGAGACAAUAAUGCGUUUUGAGGUCAGUUUUGAAGAUGGAUGUUUCGAGUUGGUCGAUGAAAAACUUACCGUUGGGCCCUUUUCAAUGAUGUCCGCGCUGCCGAACGGAAGCCUUGUAGCGCUUCUCAACGAGUCAAUUUCCAAAAUCUACGUCAUCACAAAAGACUUGGACAAAAUUCUCUUAGAGUAUGACACAUCAAACGAAUCGAGCCUGCCCUAUAUGGUCGAAUGGGCUGGAAAUGAUGCCAUUGUCCUAUCCCUUCGGGACGAAAUAAAAUUAAUUGGGCCAGGCCAAAAGUCAGUCUCUUUUUUCUAUGACAUCAUAGAGCAAGAAGAGUUCAGUCUAGAAAAUCUCUUGAUCUCUCAAGACGAUAACGAUCUUUCGUUCAUAGUUCCUGUCAUUAAGUGCGAAGAAGACGGCCUCAAGAUAAUAAGUAAAGACAAAGUGGAAUUUCUCAGCAGGGUUCCGGACUGCUCGGUCAAGUUGCAUCUGACAGGAUCUUCUCAUCCGUCUUUGAUUUUGUUGGAUUGUGUUGAUAAGCUAGCCUCGCAAGCAUCCAAGGCAGACAGUAAUAUUUCUUUUCUAAAAAGCGAGCGGCUGUUGGAUACAGCUAUUUCAUCCUGUCUAGAAGCAUCUCUAGAAGAAUUUGAUGCCAUAUGGCAACAGACAAUUCUCAAAGCCGUGUCUUUUGGAAAAAUCUAUUGCAAUGGUGACUUCUGCGCUGAUGAAUAUUUGCAUGUCAUGAACACAAUUAAGGUUCUCAAUCAGUUGAGAACGAAGGAAACUGGAUUAUUUCUAUCAUAUAAAGAGAUUGUGUCUAUUGGAUGGCAUUCAGUCGUCCUCAUGCUCUUGAAGAGAUCCCAGCACUUGCUCGCAAUGAAGGUGGCAGAUCUUCUCCAAUUGGAAGAAUCACGAAGCGCCAUAUAUAUUGAUUGGUGCCAGAAAAAAGUAAGAAAGGAACUCAAUAUGUCUGAUGAAGACUUGUUCAUUAUCAUCGCUCAGAAACUCUUGUCCAAAGAGAACGAUAAGCAUUCAAUCAUCCAAUACUCUGUCACUAAAAUCUUUGAUGUCAGCUUUCAGGAAGGAAGAAUCGAGCUUUGCAAAUUACUUGUGGAUUUAGAGCCCUCUGGAUCGUCCAAAAUGAAGCAGCUCCUUCUGAUUAAAGAAACAGAGCUUGCACUCAUCAAAUGUUUCCAAUCGUGUAACUAUGAUUUGUGUAAGCUAUUAUUCCUUCAUCUCACUGAUACUCGUUCAACCCUGCAGAUUUUCCAAAUCAUUAAUCAGAACGAAAUUAAGAUGGCAGUGGAGGCAAACACCAGAACAAAAGCGUCCGAGUAUGAAUUCCUCAAAUCGUUUCUUCGGGAGAAUCUAUUUGUAGGAGGAGAUUUAGUGGGCGCAUUCUUCCAGCAUUCAAUCGCUUCAACCGACCCAACGCUUUUGCAAAUGUACCUCAAGUACGAAGACAAAAGCUAUGAAAGAGAUGUCGAUGUUCUUAAAUCCUUAAGAAAUGAAGAGCCUACUUUUGAUGAAGGUGAGGAGUUCUACAACGAUGUAUUUCUAUGGUACAAACAACGUUUGGCGCCUGUGAAGAACAGCAAGCGAUUAAAGAAGAUAGUCAGUGUCGAAACAAACCUUUUAGACUUGCAACAUCGUCUCAGUAACACGUUUCAAAGAUCCUUCUUUGAGACGAAAUCGGUCGUUGAAAUUAUAAAGAAGCUUGUUGGAAUGAACCAGAUCAAGCUGGCUAGUAGAAUUGUGAAAGACGUCGGGAUUACACAAGAAAAAUUUUGGCAAAUUGCCUUGGAAGUCUUCUGCAAGGCUCAGGAGUUUGACCGUCUACACAAAUUCAUUACUGCAGCCAACUCUGGCAACGCUUCCAAUUGGAAGUCGCCAAUAGGAUUCAUGCCCAUUGUCAAAUCCUGCCUAGCAUACAAUGCUCCUAAGGAGCUAAUUUCCACCUACAUUGGUUAUUGCACCGAUUUAACUUGUAACGAAAGAGUGGAGCUCUCAAUGGCCAACGAUGACUACUUACUAGCAGGCCAGGAUGCUUUCAAAAACAAGGAUGCAGCUCUUCUCAGACAUAUUUCGGCGAAGGCCGGCAUUGCAAAUGACACCGCGCUGGUUAAGGAAUUAGAGCAGAUGAUCCGAGAGCUUGGAGGCUAA